AUGUCUACCGAAGCUACCUCCUCCAGCGGUUCCGCCACUGCGCAAAAAGUGAGCGCGCAAUCCGCCAAUGGCACAAUUGCCGAUAAAGGCAAAGGAAAGUUUGUUCAUGAAGAUCCCGUGGACGACGACGAUGAGGACGACGACGAGGAAGAGGAAGAGGACGAUGACGACGACAUGGAGGAGGACGACCUCGGCGAAAUAGACCCUUCGGCAAUCAUUGGGUCGCGCCGCACACGUGGUGUACGCGUCGAUUAUACGUCACAGGCAGCGCUCGCGAAAGCAGGUCUCAAGCCGGAGGGCGCGGACGAUGACGAAGGCGAGGACUCUUUCGUCGCCAAGGACGAGGACAUGCAGGAUGACUAG